UGAUCACUCCUUCCCUCACUCCAACUUCAAAAACAACUUCUCCAUUCUCUCCUUAGAACACAAAAAAAAUGGUGAUGAUGAAAUUGAAAGUUCCACUCUUCACACUCUCACUUGUUCUAACAUUCCUCUUCAAUCUCACCACCAUAACUUCAGCAGCCACCGCUACAUCACCGGCACCAUCACCAUCAUCAGCACCAACAGACAUUAUCCGAGUCCUCAAAAAAGCCGGCGGAUUCACCACGCUUAUCCGCCUUCUCCAAACAACACAAGUAGCUACACAAAUCAAUGCACAACUCCUAAACUCAAACAAUGGAUUGACACUCUUUGCACCAAAUGACAAUUCAUUUUCUACCUUAAAACCUGGUUUUCUUAAUUCUCUUAAUGAUCAACAAAAGAAUGAGCUUAUUCAAUUCCAUGAACUACCCUCUUUUGUUUCGAUAUCAAAUUUCGAUACUUUAAGUAAUCCAGUUAGAACACAAGCUGGUGAUGAUCCUGAGAGGUUAGCAUUGAAUAUUACAAGUUCAGGGAAUUCAGUGAAUUUAACAACUGGUGUUGUUAAUGCUACUGUUGGUGGUAGUGUUUAUUCUGAUCAUCAACUUGCUAUUUAUCAAGUUGAUAAAGUUCUUCUUCCUAGAGAUUUUUUUGUUCCUAAGUCUCCUCCACCGGCUCCGGCACCCGAAAAGAGUAAGGAUGGUUCUAAGAAAAAAUCUGCAGAUGGUCCUGCUUCUGCAGAUGAUACUGAUAAAUCUGAUGCUAUGAGUUUGAAGGACAAAAUUGGAAUUAUGUGGAUUGUCGCGGUUGCUUCAGUAAUUGUGUUUUCAUUGUGACAGUUAUGAGAGGUUGAAGAAAGUUAUCAUUAUUGUUGUUUGUUUCAUUUUCAUCAUUCAUGUGUUGGAUUGGGUGGGAAUUUUGUAGCAUUUUUCAAUGAUUGUCAUUUAUUUUUUGGUUUCUGUGUUUCUUAAGAAUCAAGCAAGUUUGUAGUGGAAAUUGUAUUCAAGUUGUUAUGCAAAAUUACAUUAUGUCA